AGUGUUGUGACUGCUGUCACGAAACGGUGCGAGCUCGGCGCUGGGUAUCGGCCGACUCCUCUUCUGCAAGGAGCUGCCAUGAGUCACUGGGAAGCAGCAUUGAUCUGAAGGGGUUGUUUUUCUUACUCCUGAUAAUCUGCUUGCUAUGCCCACCCACGGGGGUGCCUCUGCUUAAUAGCUGUCCUGACUCCUAGAUGCUAAUUAGUCAGCAAACUCUUUCCUAGGCUUGAUCGCUCGUGGGUAAACACAGUGAGCCUUUUCAGCGCUUCCAGCCCCGAGGGGCGGCCGCUGCAGCAGCGAGCCCACCCCUCGCUGGGCUUCACCACCAGGAUCUUUCUGUGCUGUGUUGUUUCCAGCCUCUGCCCUGGAUCUCUGCAUCUCUCCCCUGCCAGCUGGGCCUGUUGCUGCCGCCUCCCCAACAUCAACUGGUUUCCAGCACGCUUUCCAGCUGCACCAGGCUGCCAGCCCCCCUCCUACACAGCUGGGCUCUGCUCGUUUUACUGCCGGGCACCAUCUGCAGCUCCUGGAAACCAGGCCAGCUCUGUUGACCCAAGAGGAGCCUGUCCCUUGUGUGCCAGAUCUGAAUGAGCCCGUCUCCACAGUGGGAUGCGGGACCAUCCUGUGUACCAGGGGAUGGGGAGGACUUGUUUUCCAGAGAUGGUUUUUCAAGCAUUCAACCUGUCUAUGGAGCACAGCAUCCUCCGCUGGAUCCCCGGCUCACCAAAAACUUCAUCAAGGACCGAACCAAGGCCAACGCGCUGCCUAUGAAAAGCAAGAAGGCCUCCAGCUUUCACGAGUUUGCCCGCAACACCAGUGAUGCCUGGGACAUUGGUGAUGAUGAAGAUGAGGACUUCUCUUCUUCCUCUUCUUCUUUGCAAACUCUGAACUCUAAAGUGGCCAAGGCCACGGCAGCCCAAGUUCUGGAGAACCACAGCAAGCUGCGGGCAAAACCUGAGCGGGCCCAGUCCGCUCUCAGCGACAUGCCCACCAACUGCAAGGUCAUCAAGUCCAGCAGCGAGGCUCAGCUCUCCAGGACAUCUGAGGAGGCCUGUGUGCGGACCCCCCUUCAGAAGCAGCAGUCCCUUCCCCUUCGGCCCGUCAUUCCACUCGUCGCCCGAAUCUCUGACCAAAAUGCUUCGGGUGCUCCCCCCAUGACAGUGAGGGAGAAAACCCGCCUGGAGAAGUUUCGGCAGCUCCUUUCCAGCCACAACACGGACCUGGAUGAGCUGAGGAAAUGCAGCUGGCCUGGUGUGCCCAGAGAGGUCCGGCCCGUGACGUGGCGUCUCCUCUCAGGUUAUCUCCCCGCAAACAUGGAGAGGAGAAAGCUGACUUUGCAGCGCAAGCGGGAGGAGUACUUCGGCUUCAUCCAGCAGUAUUAUGAUUCCCGGAAUGAAGAACACCAUCAAGACACCUACCGACAGAUCCACAUCGACAUUCCAAGGACCAACCCACUCAUCCCCCUCUUCCAGCAGCCGCUCGUCCAGGAGAUCUUUGAAAGAAUCCUGUUUAUCUGGGCCAUUCGACACCCAGCCAGCGGCUAUGUGCAGGGAAUCAAUGACCUGGUCACUCCGUUCUUUGUUGUGUUCCUCUCUGAGUAUGUUGAGGAGGACGUGGAGAACUUUGAUGUGACGAACCUGUCGCAGGAUGUUUUACGGAGCAUCGAAGCCGAUAGCUUCUGGUGCAUGAGCAAGCUGCUGGACGGGAUACAGGAUAACUACACUUUUGCACAGCCAGGGAUCCAGAAGAAAGUCAAAGCCCUUGAGGAGCUCGUCAGCCGGAUCGAUGAGCAGGUACAUAAUCACUUUAGGAAGUACGAGGUCGAAUACCUGCAGUUUGCCUUUCGCUGGAUGAACAAUCUGCUUAUGAGGGAGCUGCCUCUUCGCUGCACCAUCCGCCUCUGGGACACCUACCAGUCGGAGCCAGAAGGAUUCUCACAUUUCCACCUGUACGUCUGCGCUGCCUUCUUGAUCAAGUGGCGGAAGGAGAUCCUAGACGAGGAAGACUUCCAAGGCCUUCUGAUGUUGUUACAAAACCUGCCCACGAUACACUGGGGUAACGAAGAAAUUGGACUCCUGCUCGCAGAAGCCUACAGACUCAAGUACAUGUUUGCAGAUGCCCCCAACCAUUACCGCCGAUAGGUGCCAGGACGCGACUCCCUCCUCCCCUCUCCCCCCUGCCCACCCCCUCGUCCUGGCCCGAUCCGAUCACUGUGGCAUUUUUGUCGUCCCAAGUCCUCGGACACUCCAGCCGGGAGCUGCUCCUCGCUGUACAAAGCUCACAGCAACUCUUGUCUUAACUCCUCUUAACGUGUGCCUGUCUGCCACUCCGCGCGCCUGGAUGUGCCACUCCAACGACCGUCAGUAUUUCACGCCGUGCUGGUGGCUCGAGCCAGGGAGAGAGGCUUGAAGGGACUCGAGGUGGGGGGGUGGGAUACGGGGGGACAGUUCGACAGAUAAACUGAGCCGAGGACGAAGCCCUCCUGUCCUCUCCUCCCUCUGCCCUGGGCUUGUCCGGCUGGGACCACCUCGGCUUCGCUGCCUCGUGUUAACCUGCCACCAUCUGCUCCCUUCUCUCUCUGACACCGUUCGCUCCAACUCCCAGAUGAAAAUGCCUUAUCAGAGACCCGCCUGGCUGGAAAAUCCUUCCCCGCUCCCAGGGCGGCAGGGCAAGAAGUUUCUCUCAGGGCCGAGCUUCGCUCCGAGGGUCCGGAGACCCCCAAGCACUUUGCGGGUUCGCGAGAGAGCCCCUCGCGCCUGCCCUCUCUCCUUCUCUCCAUCCUCUGCGCCUCCCUCUCCCCCAGGGCAGCGGGGUGGGCACACACACACACACACACACACACACACACACACACACACGACCACUCCACCCACGCGCGGUUUGAACGAUGCGCGUCAGCUUGACGGGACUUUUGGGGACUGAUGUGCUGUCGGUACAGCCCCCCCACCCCCACCCCGGCCCGAGGGGGAGGCCUGGGGAGGGGGGGCUGGUAGGGGAGCAGCAUCUCCCAAACCCCCCCUUGCAAAGCCCCCGCUCCUCCGAGGCGUUCUGUGUAUAUUGUGUUCUUGUGUAUAUGGGUCAAAGAUGUACUAUAUAAGUCUUCUGUUUGUAGCAGAUAAUGAUUUUAUAUUUAUAACGUGCACCCCUUGUUCUUCCCCACCCUCUCCACGCCUGGGAAGGACGCCCGGGUACGGCGUCGUAGGGCUUUGGACCCCUCCGGAGGUGGGGGACCUUUCAGAGCCACGGGUAUUUCUGCCCCAACGUGUUUUUGCAGUGUUGGAUCUGCCGGGAAGAGGUGCGACAGAAACACGGAUCUCAAGGCUUCUCCUGCAAAGAGGAUUUGGGCGUUUAAAGGAGAUGGGAGCUCCCGGCGGGAAGCGGGGGAGAGCUGUGUCGAGGAAACAGGGUAUCCGAGUGCUGCAGGACUCUCCGGGGAGGAAGGAUCCUGGAUCUGGGGCCAUCCUCCCCGGGCCGGGCUGGCCUCGCCGCCCUCUGCUUUUAAAUCAAACCGAUUGUGGAUGUUUUAAGGGGCUGUUUUCUUCCCGCGGGCAGGCGCCAUCCGCGUGGUGCCAAGGGCUGGAUGCGGGAGGGCGAGGGGCCCCCCCGGUCCCUCCCGCGGGGCGACGGGGGCUGCCCCGGCGGGGCGCGGGGGUUCCUUAUCGCUCCGCUUGCCCUUGCUGUUCCCGGGGGGAAAAGGCAGCAGCGAGCUGCGAGGCCGGGGCCAAGCAUGUGAAAGGCAGAGCCUUGUUGCCAAUAAAACUCCAAACAGUGUCUCAAGAAA